AUAUGUGCAUUUAGUUUUUUGGGGAUAGACUUGUUCUGCGUGGUAUCUCAGGUGUGUAAUUCAAGUUUUAAUUAAAGUAAUUCGAUAAAGUUCUGUGGGAAGGCUACAUCAAGCGAGCCGCUCACUGAAGAGUCACUCAAACUCACCUCUGGUCUUACAAAUAGUAUUAACACAACGACCUAUGUUUUCUAGAAUUUGCCAUUUCCAUGGAAACUUCAUUAUAUCAACAUAUCAUACAUGCUUUGCCGUCCAAGUUUCAACAAAAAGCACUCAGGUAAUUCUGCAGAGUUCAGACUAAAUAUCCUUUUGGACAUGACGUAAGAUCAUGAACCCAUUUGCUAUGCGUACAACAUCCCACAGUUACCACUCAUAUACCGUAAAAAGCUUUCACAUCUCUAAUGCCAUUCAAAGGGUGCGCAAAUACGUUUGUCUACUCAAAAAAAAAUGGGCAUCAUAGAUGUUUCUACAACGCGGAAACAAUCAUAAAAAUAUGAAAUAAAUGGUAUCGUAGGAAGAAUUGAAGACCAUAGUAGAGGCAACUCCAACUUACGUUUUAAAAGUAGCUAAAUUUAGUUACUACGAACAAAAUAAUUACUAAUUUCUACAUUGUGAGGCGAAUAGUUAGAAUGACCCUUUUCGAGAUAUUUAUCGAUAAGCUAAAUCAUAUGGAUUUGUUUGCCCAUCUCCUCCAAACGGUUCACUAGAUUCACUAUCUUGGCAUAACAGCCUUAAUCGUGAUUAUUGCUAUCACCAAAACAGUAGCCAAUCAUAAACUGCAUUCGUUGCUUCCCUAUGGGGUGUGUUGUCUGUAUUUUCCCCUAUGAUUUUUGCAUGCACUUUAGAAAAGUGAUCAUUAUGGAAAUACGAUACGGGCCACAGGAGGAGCUUAUUUUUUGAACCUCGGGAGGCGUCGCGUGUCUAUCCUACCACUUAACAUCCCUAUUUAGCGUUAUUUUCAUCACUCUCAUCUGUUUUAUGCCGCCGUUCGCGCAGACAUUCGGAGUUCUGAUCACCAUUAAUCGUCUCAACAAUUGCAUUUCUCACUACUGAAAGGACGAAAAUUAAAUCUGACAAGUAUGCAUAAUAUUUGUAACAAUUAUCGUUGUUAUCUUCUUCCAAGUAUUAGAGCACAGAAAGGAGGGCAUAUUACACCGAAAUGAUGCCACCAAAGAGAAGAAUAGACGUGUUCUCGACAUGUCAAACACAACGUGGUGAGUAACUUUUGUAAAUUAAUUACUUGAAUUUUCGGUGUGUUGCAAAUUUUUACGGACAAAAAGACAUCAAAGGGAGUAAAAAUAUACAUUGCAUCCAUCUAAGCGAUCCCUCCCUUUCUAAGUAUGAAUUUAUGUUUCCAUAAGCACAGUUGUAUACAUAGAUUUGACAAUAUUUUCAACUGUGAAUGUUGUAUUUCACCUAUUGCUAUCAUCUGAAGCCCUGACAACGACCAUAUAACAAAAAAAAAUGACAGGAGGAUCUCGAAAAGGUACAGACGUGUUAUCUUCGAUAGAUUCACAAGUAUAGCAACAUUUGGUAAGAUGGAAGACAAAUCUACGCGUAUAAUAGUUUUCUUUUGUUUUUUCAGUAACAUAUUUUAGGAUUUAUUUAUUUUCCUUGUUGGUUGGCCUUUAUGUGGCUGUGACGUUUGGUGAAGGAAAGCAAACAAUAAAAUACGUUAAUAAUAUGGUAUGAUAAAUUAUCAAAGAUGGAAUAAUUUUAGGAAACACCCGUUAAAUACAAGUUUUUCCCCUUAUUUAUUUUUCAUCUGUAGCGCUAUACCUUAGCUAUAUACGUGUAGCUUAUCAAACAAAUUGAGGACGUGGAUUAAUAGAACAUCCAGUUGCCGGUAAGUGUACACCCUGUAAGUCUUUCUCAAAGCCUUGUUAAAGAGCAAAGGGAAGAGGGGGAAGUGACGUGAAAUACAAAGUUUUCAAUGCUUAAGGAAUCUAAUAAACCUCUUGCCAGUCUUAGCACAGACGCCAGCUUAGAAACUACUCGUACUCAACCGCAGCUUGUCAAUGGUUACUCUUACACACGGUCACUGCACUCGACUCUGAGGGACCACCAGCGCGUGGACAGAAUUAGAAAUCAUGUCACCACCAAAAGGAAUAGAACUACGAAUGCGGCAACCACCGCAAGCAUCAGUAGUGAUAAUAAUUUGAAAGCUGAGGGUACUAACGAGGAGGUUUGUACUGAGUGCCGAAAACGCUAUUAUGCGACAACAGAAGCAAUUGAGUUGUAUAGACAACUAUUUGUGCGAGCCAAAGAUACCCUUUUACAAGAUGUAGUGCAUCAUCAUAGUAACGAUGAGUUAUGGGUGCGUCUUUGUAGAGCCCUGGAUGAAAGUUCUAACAUGGAGGCGAUGACCAACUAAAAAAAAACAAGCGAGCAUUAUUCUUACACUUGUUUGUAGAUGAAGCGUAGCGCUUUACAUACGUACCCCGAAGGGAAUAAGGCUAUCUAUUAUUUCUUCUAAUUUAGGAUAUCCUAAAUAAAUGCUCUUUAUGAUGAAGAUACAAUUUUAGGGUAAAACAAAUCAAAAUCCAAUCAUAGAGGUAUACGGUCUCUAUCACUCUUCAAUUGCUUUCAAUACAUUUGCAGAGGACUUUUUUGAACAUUUUACACUUUUUACCCUUU